AAGCCUGCCGGACGCUUCUCACCACGCUGUGUCCAUAUUCACCACAGCUGUGCUUUGAUAAGCCGCAGCUACCCCAGUUCCAGUUCCAGUUCAGUUUGUGAGUCCAGCCCCUGACGCCCGACGCGUUGCUUUCCAGUGGAACUGGAACUGGAGUCGGGUGCAAAAUGAACACAUUACGAAUUCCUGUGCACGUAUAGAGAAUGAACGCGGGUUGUCGGUUGAUUGCCGCUGUUAAGGCUCCAGCACUUGAACUUCCAAUUCAGUUAUAAUUUUGCUACUCUUUUCGUCGGAACGACGAACGGUCAAACGUGUCGCGAAUUUUUUUUGAUUUAACCAAAAAACGUCGAAUCAUAUUUGUUUCCGAUUUAUUAAAAUUUAGUCGUUAAUUGAAAAAAAAAAAAAACAAAUUAAUUAGCUAUUUAUAUUAACUUUUGAGUUUGCUUGAGCUGAUUAAAUUAGUAUUAAUGCGGUCGCCACGUGCUUUCUCAAUAGCCGGAGCACAUGUGUGGGUUACAUUUUAAAACGCGUAACAGUCCGUCUCAAAAGACGUCCCUGCGUUGGGGCGACUGCUGCUAAUCUCCAAGAUAUUCCUGGCAAAACACUCUGUUUCCUAUAUUAAUUAACUGUUAGUUCAGUUCGUGACGUCUGUGAUCUGAUCAUAGUAAAAAGUAGUCGCACCUAAUAAAAAAAAAAAUAACUCACUUGUUUAGGAAAUGUUGCAUAAGCCAAGGCGCAUUUGAUUGGCGCGCGCAUUUGCCGUCGUUAAAAGCAGCCAAGACAUAACUUAACGCCUGCUUUGAACUUGGCACACUCACACACCCACACACUCACACACGCGCGCACACUUAAAGGUUUUACCAUAACAAAGCGGAAAGGUCAGACCCCGCGCAAAACUAUUAAUUGACAAGCAGAAGGACAGGACAGGAAUCCUCCUAAACGCAACAAGAUGAUCAACAUAGCCGGCGUCGCGAGCAUUAUACUCUUCUAUGCGCUCAUCCUGGUCGUGGGCAUUUGGGCUGGCCGCAAAAAGCAGGCGGGCAAUGAUUCCGAAGAGGAGGUCAUGCUGGCGGGUCGCUCCAUUGGACUCUUCGUGGGCAUCUUUACCAUGACAGCUACUUGGGUGGGCGGCGGCUACAUAAACGGCACGGCGGAAGCGAUAUACACCUCGGGCCUGGUCUGGUGCCAGGCGCCGUUCGGCUAUGCGCUCAGCCUGGUCUUUGGCGGCAUCUUCUUUGCCAAUCCCAUGCGCAAGCAGGGCUAUAUAACGAUGCUGGAUCCUCUCCAGGAUUCCUUUGGUGAGCGCAUGGGUGGCCUCUUGUUUCUGCCUGCGCUUUGUGGCGAGGUUUUUUGGGCAGCUGGGAUUCUGGCUGCACUGGGCGCCACCUUGUCCGUCAUCAUAGACAUGGAUCAUCGCACCUCGGUCAUCCUGUCUUCGGGCAUUGCCAUAUUCUAUACGCUCUUCGGCGGCCUCUACUCGGUGGCCUACACGGAUGUCAUCCAGCUGUUCUGCAUCUUUAUCGGGCUGUGGAUGUGCAUACCAUUCGCGUGGACUAAUGAGCAUGUGCGCAGCCUAAGCGACAUGGAGGUGGACUGGAUUGGCCACGUGGAGCCCAAGAUGCGCUGGUUUUACAUUGACUACGGACUGCUCCUGAUCUUUGGCGGCAUACCCUGGCAGGUGUACUUUCAGCGCGUGCUCUCCAGCAAGACGGCGGGCCGGGCCCAACUGUUGUCGUACGUGGCCGCCGCCGGCUGCAUCCUGAUGGCCAUUCCGCCCGUGCUCAUCGGCGCCAUAGCCAAGGCGACCCCUUGGAACGAGACAGAGUACACGGGUCCGUACCCCUUGACCGUGGACGAAACCAGCAUGAUCUUACCCAUGGUGCUGCAAUAUCUGACGCCCGAUUUCGUUUCCUUCUUUGGCUUGGGCGCCGUCUCGGCCGCGGUCAUGUCCUCGGCCGAUUCCUCCGUGCUGUCCGCCGCCUCCAUGUUCGCACGGAAUGUUUACAAGCUGAUAUUCCGCCAAAAGGCAUCCGAAAUGGAAAUCAUUUGGGUAAUGCGCGUCGCCAUCGUCAUCGUCGGCAUACUGGCCACUAUCAUGGCCCUGACCAUACCCUCCAUUUACGGACUUUGGUCCAUGUGCUCGGAUCUGGUCUACGUCAUUUUGUUCCCGCAGCUGCUGAUGGUCGUCCACUUCAAGAAGCAUUGCAAUACCUACGGCAGCCUGGCGGCCUAUAUUAUUGCCCUGUUCAUCCGGCUGUCGGGCGGAGAGUCCAUCCUGGGCCUGCCCGCCCUUAUACACUAUCCGGGCUACGAUGUGGAGACGAACACACAGCUGUUUCCCUUUCGCACCAUGGCCAUGCUGAUCAGCCUGAUCACGCUGGUCUUUGUCUCCUGGUGGACAAAAAUGAUGUUCGAGUCCGGCAAGCUGCCGCCCAGCUAUGACUAUUUCCGCUGCGUGGUCAACAUACCAGAGGAUGUGCAGCGCGUAGGUGAUCCGGCUGAGUCCGGGGAGCAGCUGUCCGUCAUGGCGGGCCCCCUGGCGCGCUCCUACGGCGCCGCCACCAUGGCCGGCAAGGAUGAGCGCAACGGACGCAUCAAUCCGGCCCUAGAGUCCGACGACGACUUGCCCGUGGCCGAGGCGAGGCGCCUCAAUCAGCAGACGGCCCAGUCGCAGGUGCAAAAGAUGCUCGACUCGGCCACAGGCAAGGCGGGCGGUGGCGGCGGCCAAUGUCAGGGCAUGGCCAUGCCCACGCCGGAACAGGACAAUACGGUCUUCUGAGCGGGGUCCGCCUGAUUUUAGUGCGCCGAAAAGUUACUACAAUUUGUGUUUGAGUUGGGCUUCUUUUUCUUUUUUACAUCACGUAUGAUGUAUAUGAUGCAUAUAUGAUGUACGUUAAACACACAAGUGCUCAGGUAUAAAGUGCAGAAUGUUGCGUUUAAAGUUUAUAAUUAUUUUGCCAAAGUUUUUACAUAGUGUUUUGUAGAGUUUUUUUUUUAUUUUUAUUUUAAUUUAUUUUAAUAUUAAUUUUUAAUUUAUGAGGCUUUGCAUAGAGUAAAUGGAAUACAUAUAGUUCAAUUGACGCAUAACCAAAUGUAUAAAUGUUAUAUAGCGUUAACCUGAUCGAUAAGUCGAUAAACGUGAAAUCGAUAAAAACAUAUCAAUGAAAAACUGAAAGCAACUGAAAACAUAUCAAAUGCAUUUCCCCCAUUUUGCGCGAGAAAUGCAUUCAAAUACGUAUUAUUCAAUAGAGUUUAAAGAAGAAAAGCGAAUAAUAUAACUAUAAUUAGUAUAUAUACCUAUUAAUAUACUAAAAUAUAUAUGUGUAUAAUAUAUAUUUUAUUCUGUCACGUUAAUUUGUUUGUGUCAUUUGAUGUAGUUGAAAUAAUUUGGCACUUUUAUUGAUUCUAUGAAAUUUAGAUGCAUAUAAUGUGAAUCAUGUGUCCUUCCACAAAGCAAAACAAAUGAAUCAAAGCUGACUAAACAUACAGAAAGAAUUAAAAGAAAUAUUCGAAUGAAAUGCAAUAAAUAACGAAUACAUAUCAACUAUGCAACUGAAGAAUAUAAGGAAUAUAAAGCAAAAGAAUUUUAGCUGCUCUCAAAGAGCGAAAUAAUCCCCCCUCCCCCCAAAAAAAAAAAACCCAAACAUAUUCGAGAUGUUGUCUCAUAGUACCUACAAUUACCAUAUACAUACACAUAAUUAUAAAACAUAUAUUAAUAUAUAUUAAAAUAUAAUAUAUAUAGAGAAGGCAAUUUAAUUUAGAAAGUUUAUACCAAGUGGAAAAACCAAUUAUGAUACCCAGAUAUUUGCAAUUGGAAUGCAAGCCCAUUUAAAAAUACUCCACAUUUGUUUCCAAUUUGCCAAUUUUAAAUCAAUUUUCAUAAAACGUUCUUAUUUUCUUAUUAAUUCUCCCGGCUCGUUUGUUAAACUUGGCUCCAGCUGUUGCCAUGGAACAGAUUUAAUAUAUUUAAUACUAUAUAAUAUAGGUGUUAUAUAAAACUUGAUAAUGUUUAAGUACUUAAAUGUUGACUGCUUUUUGAUUGAACUUUAUAUGAGAAAAUUGAUAAAGUAAAAAAAGAGAGUCCAAAGAUAUGGCAUACUAUAUAUACUACAUAUAUAUAUAUAUAUAUAUAUAUCUGUUCUUGCUGUUGUUACCUGCUGUUAAUUGUUAUUUGUCUCUUGAUUUUUUGCCUAUUAUCUGAGUGUGUAACUCUUGCUAAAUACUUAGUCAAAGCUCGUAGCUGAUACUUAUGCAAAAUUGUUUGGGCAACUCUUUAGCCAUGGUUAAUGGAACUGCGGAAUUUGCCAGUGUUUAAGUUUGAAGUUAACUCACCUUUUUGUAUAUAUAGGAAAAAGUAACUUAACUGCAAUUGUUUAAGCAAAUUACUAACAACAACAAAACCACCAACUAUUUUAUGUAUUACGAUAUUAUGGGAUGAGCAAUGAAUUGAACUAACUAACUAAUUAAUAUGGCAAUUAUAGGGUAUCAAUGCCGUCGGACAUUACUUUCACGUUCACCCAUUAUUGUUGUCUAAUCAAUUGAUGUAUACAUAGAUACCCAUUAGCGGCAUAUUACAAUUAUGUUACGAUAUAUUACGAGCGAGUUUACGAUAUACAAAAAAAAUAUAUAUAUAUAUACGAUCAAAUUAUACCGAAAAAAAACAAGAUACAUAUCAAUGUUUAAAGCAUAGCAAAAGAAAGAUAAAAAAAAAAA